AGUCCGGAACCCUCAGGGUCGCGCCGGACCCUCACGGUCCUCUUGCGUCCGAGCGUCGCGCGCCCAGGGCCAUGGCCGUGCGCCCCGCGGGCCCCGCGCGUCGCUGCCUGCUGGCGCUCGUGCUCUGCUGCGGCUGGGGGGCGCUGGCCACUGUCGCCCCGAAGCCGGGCGCCGGCUGUCCGAGCCGCUGUCUGUGCUUCCGUACCACCGUGCGCUGCAUGCAUCUGCUGCUGGAGGCCGUGCCCGCCGUGGCGCCGCAGACCUCCAUCCUGGAUCUUCGCUUUAACAGAAUCAGAGAGAUCCAGCCUGGGGCAUUCAGGAAGCUGAGAAACUUGAAUACGUUGCUUCUCAACAAUAACCAGAUCAAGAGCAUACCUAGCGGAGCAUUCGAAGACCUGGAGAACUUAAAAUAUCUCUAUCUGUACAAGAAUGAGAUCCAGUCAAUUGACAGGCAAGCAUUUAAGGGACUUGCCUCUCUAGAACAACUAUAUCUGCACUUUAAUCAGAUAGAAACUCUGGACCCAGAGUCAUUCCGACAUUUGCCGAAGCUAGAAAGGCUAUUUUUACAUAACAACCGAAUCACACAUUUGGUUCCAGGAACAUUCGAUCACUUGGAAUCCAUGAAAAGACUGCGGCUGGACUCCAACGCGCUUCACUGUGACUGUGAAAUCCUGUGGCUGGCGGAUCUGCUGAAGACCUACGCCCAGUCGGGGAAUGCGCAGGCGGCGGCCACCUGUGAAUAUCCUCGACGCAUCCAGGGGCGCUCGGUGGCCACCAUCACCCCCGAAGAGCUGGACUGUGAAAGGCCCCGGAUCACAUCGGAGCCCCAGGAUGCAGACGUCACCUCAGGGAACACUGUGUUCUUCACAUGCAGAGCAGAAGGCAACCCCAAGCCCGAGAUCAUCUGGCUGCGAAACAAUAAUGAGCUGAGCAUGAAGACAGAUUCCCGCCUCAACUUGCUGGACGACGGGACCUUGAUGAUCCAAAACACACAGGAGACGGACCAGGGGAUUUACCAGUGCAUGGCCAAAAAUGUGGCCGGGCAGGUGAAGACACAGGAGGUCACCCUCAGGUACUUUGGGUCUCCAGCUCGACCCGCUUUUGUAAUCCAGCCACAGAACACGGAGGUGCUGGUCGGGGAGAGUGUCACCUUGGAGUGCAGCGCCACGGGCCACCCUCCGCCGCGGAUCACCUGGACCAAAGGGGACCGCACGCCCCUGCCCGAGGACCCUCGCGUGAGCAUCACCCCGUCUGGCGGCCUCUACAUACAGAACGUCCUGCAGGGCGACAGUGGGGAGUAUACCUGCUUCGCAUCCAACAGCGUGGACAGCAUCCACGCCGCGGCUCUGAUCAUCGUCCAGGCUCUUCCCCAGUUCACCGUGACGCCUGCAGACAGAGCUGUUAUCGAGGGUCAAACAGUCGAUUUCCAGUGUGAGGCCAAGGGCUACCCACAGCCGGUCAUCGCGUGGACGAAAGGAGGGAGCCAGCUGUCCGUGGACAGGCGGCAUCUGGUACUCUCAUCGGGAACGCUCCGGAUCUCGGCUGUGGCUCUGCACGACCAGGGCCAGUAUGAGUGCCAGGCCGUCAACAUCAUUGGCUCCCAGAGGGCCGUGGCCCACCUGACCGUGCAGCCCAGAGUCACGCCGGUGUUUGCCAGCAUUCCAAGCGACAUGACGGUGGAGGUGGGCACCAACGUGCAGCUCCCCUGCAGCUCCCAGGGGGAGCCCGAGCCCGUCAUCACCUGGAACAAGGAUGGGGUUCAGGUGACGGAAAGUGGGAAAUUUCACAUUAGCGCCGAGGGGUUCCUGACCAUCCACGAUGUCGGGACGGGGGAUGCAGGCCGCUAUGAGUGCGUGGCCCGGAACACCAUCGGGCAGGCCUCCGUCAGCAUGGUGCUCAGCGUGAGCGUUCCUGACGUCAGUCGAAAUGGGGACCCGUUUGUGGCCACAUCGAUUGUUGAAGCUAUUGCGACUGUGGACAGAGCCAUCAACUCGACCCGCACGCACCUGUUUGACAGCCGUCCCCGAUCUCCCAACGACCUGCUGGCUUUGUUCCGGUACCCGAGGGACCCCUACACCGUGGAGCAGGCGCGCGCUGGAGAGAUAUUUGAGCGGACCUUGCAGCUCAUUCAGGAGCACGUGCAGCAUGGCCUGAUGGUCGACCUCAACGGAACAAGUUACCACUACAAUGACCUCGUGUCUCCCCAGUACCUGAGCCUCAUCGCCAACCUGUCAGGCUGCACGGCGCACCGGCGGGUGAACAACUGCUCGGACAUGUGUUUCCACCAGAAGUACCGCACUCACGACGGCACGUGCAACAACCUGCAGCACCCCAUGUGGGGCGCCUCGCUGACUGCCUUCGAACGCUUGCUGAAAGCCGUGUAUGAGAAUGGGUUCAACACGCCCCGGGGCAUCAACCCCGGCCGGCUGUACCACGGGCACGCGCUCCCCAUGCCCCGGCUGGUGUCCACCUCCCUCUUUGGGACGGAGACCAUCACGCCCGACGCGCAGUUCACACACAUGCUGAUGCAGUGGGGCCAGUUCCUGGACCACGACCUGGACUCCACGGUGGUGGCCCUGAGCCAGGCCCGUUUCUCCGACGGCCAGCACUGCAGCUCCGUGUGCAGCAGUGACCCCCCGUGCUUCUCGGUGGCCGUGCCCCCCAACGACCCCCGUGUCCGCAACGGGGCACGCUGCAUGUUCUUCGUGCGCUCCAGCCCCGUGUGUGGCAGCGGCAUGACGUCCCUCCUCAUGAACUCCGUGUACCCACGGGAGCAGAUCAACCAGCUCACCUCCUAUAUCGACGCUUCCAACGUGUAUGGGAGCACGGAACACGAGGCGCGUGCCAUCCGAGACCUGGCCAGCCACCGGGGGCUUCUGCGGCAGGGCAUCGUGCAGCGGUCGGGGAAGCCGCUGCUGCCGUUCGCCGCCGGACCGCCCACAGAGUGCAUGCGGGACGAGAACGAGAGCCCCAUCCCUUGUUUCCUGGCUGGGGACCACCGUGCCAACGAGCAGCUGGGCCUGACGAGCAUGCACACGCUCUGGUUCCGUGAGCACAACCGCGUGGCUGCUGAGCUGCUCAGCCUGAACCCGCACUGGGACGGCGACACCAUCUACCACGAGGCGAGGAAGAUCGUGGGCGCACAGAUGCAGCACAUCACCUACCGUCACUGGCUGCCUAAGGUGCUGGGCGAGGUGGGCAUGAAGGUGCUGGGCGAGUACCGCGGCUACGACCCGGGCGUCAACGCUGGCAUCGUUAACGCCUUCGCCACGGCCGCCUUCCGGUUUGGCCACACGCUGAUCAACCCCGUGCUGCACCGGCUGGACGAGAACUUCGAGCCCAUCAUGCAGGGACACAUUCCCCUGCACAAAGCCUUCUUCUCUCCCUUUCGCAUCGUGAGCGAGGGCGGCAUCGACCCGCUGCUCAGAGGCCUGUUCGGUGUGGCGGGGAAGAUGCGUGUACCCUCGCAGCUGCUGAACACGGAGCUCACGGAGCGGCUCUUCUCCAUGGCCCACACGGUGGCCCUGGACCUAGCCGCCAUCAACAUCCAGCGUGGCCGGGACCACGGCAUCCCGCCCUACCACGAAUACCGGGUCUACUGCAAUCUGUCGUCCGCCCACACCUUCGAGGACCUGAAAAAUGAGAUCAAGAACCCUGAGAUCCGGGAGAAGCUGAGACGGUUGUAUGGGUCCCCACUCAACAUUGACUUAUUCCCUGCCCUCAUGGUGGAAGACUUGGUCCCUGGCAGCCGACUGGGGCCCACCCUGAUGUGCCUGCUGAGCACGCAGUUCAAGCGCUUGAGAGAUGGGGACAGGUUAUGGUAUGAAAACCCGGGGGUGUUCUCCCCGGCGCAGCUGACCCAGAUCAAGCAGACGUCCCUGGCCAGAAUCCUGUGUGACAACGCCGACAACAUCACGCGUGUGCAGAGGGACGUGUUCCGCGUGGCGGAGUUCCCCCACGGGUACGGCAGCUGUGACGAAGUCCCCAGGGUGGACCUGCGCGUGUGGCAGGACUGCUGUGAAGACUGCAGGACCAGGGGACAGUUCAACGUGUUUUCGCACCAUUUCCGAGGCAGGCGGUCUCUGGGGUUCAGCUACCAAGAGGAUGAGCCCACCGGGGAAGCAGGCCCUGGGGGGACACCGAGCAUCGGGAAACACAGAAAGCAUCCGGGCAAUGCCACGGCCCCCUCCCGUGAGCGCUCUCAAGUACCGGGGAUGAAUGACUUCAAGGACUUUGUUCUGGAGAUGCAAAAGACCAUCACAGACCUCAGAGAACAGAUAAAGAGACUGGAGUCCCGGCUCAGCACGUCGGACUGCACAGAUGCAGACGGGGAGCCUCACGCCAAUGGCGCCAAGUGGAAGCGAGACGCAUGCUCCGUCUGCGAGUGCCGAGACGGGCAGGUCACCUGCUUCGUGGAGGCCUGCCAGCCUGCCGAUUGCCCAGCACCCGUGAGAGCCCAUGGGGCCUGCUGCCCGGUCUGCCCAAGAGACGGCAUGGGGAAGAAGCCUUAGGCUCAGCGAGGCCUCCGGGGCCCUCCGCGUCCUCGAGACUGACGGCCGGCACAGGGCGUGCGGAUGGGAGGGACCCCUGUGUCUCGAUGGAGGGCAGGUGCUU